AUGCAAUCAUCGAUAGCUGUGGGAACGGAAGAACAGGAGGGAGAUUUUCUGUCGGCGAUGAAGACAUUCGAUUUCGUGAUCAUCAACGAUGAUGAUCCUGAGCUUGAUCUUCCGUCCCAAGUAACGAAUCCACCAAACUUCACAGCCCCAAGCAAUGUGCAUCCCCAAGUUCUAAGACCGUCUUCUCAACAACCCACCGUAGAAACGCUCCAGUCUCUUGGCAUUAAAGUGCGAGAUUUUGCGUAUGAAAGUACUUUGCCACCCAUCGCGCCUGUUCCGCGGGUUCCGCGGCAAACUCAACCUAGUGCAAGACCGCUGAAACGUACCAGAGGGGACUUGGAAGAAGAGGAUAGAAUGCCAUCGCAUUCCUCACGCCCACAAUUUGGAUGCGAAGCCACCAAUGCUGGCAUACAAGCAAGCAGCAAGCCCGAGUCUCUUGCGCGAAAAGCCACUGAGCCACUUGAAUUUAACUCUCCGCCCGUUUCAAAGCGCACUAUGGGAUGCGCAGACUUGAGCAGACCUGUUUUAUUUGGAAGCCAACUACCGUUCCGUACGCCCCGUCGCGCCCCUAAAACCCGCCGCACCCCUCCGAGAAGAUCCUCCACAACUCCGCUGACAUCCCCCCUGUUCGGGUCGCCAUCAGAAGAGCCAUCUCAGGGGGCAUCACAAGAGUCGGAGUUAGUGAUGACACCUGCUGGACCCGUAUCUUGGCAUAUUGAAGACACCAGCUCAAUACCCGUUUCGCAAAUGGACACAGACUUGUUGGCUUUUGUACCAGAAGAAAUAUCUUAUUCCCAGCUAGGGCUUUCCCCACAGUCUUCGCAACCUGCCACGUCGCUUUCUACUUCUAUGCGGUCUCCUGUCACCCCUAGUCACGUUUCAUGUCAGGCAGUUGAUACUUUCGAGUCGUCACAUCUUAUUCCACAAAUACCAAAUUCCCGUCGGGAACCCAAGCGUGGCAUGAAAGUUUCGACGACCAAAAAUUCUACCCAGACGUCCCCCCGUUACCUCCUCCGUCGACGAUCCCUGCUGUCUGUUCACGCUCCCACACGUUCACGGUAUCCCCAUCCACUCACUCCCACAAAGAAAGGAAGCCCGAAGGCUUCUCCGCAACCUCGCUGCAGACGCUUGCAGCGGCCUGUGCUGUCCAGGUGA